UACCCAACCUAUACCCAACCUAAUUGGUUUGAUUUGCGCCGCGUUCUACUCGGCACGUCCCCUUAAAUCCCCCGUUAGCCCCGUCCACUUAUAGUUUGCGCCGGCGAAGAGCUAGCCAACUAUAAAUCCAGCUUGUCCUUUACACAUCUGCUUCACCAUUAGGAAACUUAAUCAACAUAUAGGAACUUUCUCUUCUAAGAAGAGGGGAACCUCUACCUUGAAACCAUGGUUCCUAACGCCAAUAGUAACAGCCCUGUAUCUAGCAGCUCUGCGUCACUGCAAUCGCCCAAUGCCAUCCCUCCUAGGACUUCCUCUACGGGAUACAUUACUCCCCUCCCGCCCGUCAAAUCUGUUCUACGCCCCGUUCCAGAAUCAGACUGGUUAGGUCAGAAUAACAACCGUCAUCAAAGAGGCUUCUCCAGUUUUGCUGUUCCUAUCACAGGCAUGCAUGCUACUGGCCCUCAAGACCCUGCGCGCUAUGAGACGGAGGACUUGAACUACACUUCGCGGAAAACGUGGACAGAGCAGAAGGAAAAGGUACUAAUGGGUCCCUUCGACUACCUGUUCGCCCAUCCCGGGAAAGACUUCCGUACCCUCAUGGUCAAUUCCUUCAAUGCGUUGCUAGAGGUGCCCCAAGAAAGUCUCGAUGUCAUUACUAAAGUUGUUGGUAUGCUGCAUACCGCAUCUCUACUUGUCGAUGAUGUCGAGGACAGUUCGCUAUUGCGGAGGGGUCUUCCUGUUGCCCACAGCAUCUUCGGCACGGCGCAAACCAUAAACUCGGCCAAUUACGUCUACUUCUGCGCUUUGCAAGAACUACAGAAACUAAAGAACCCGAAGGCAGUUAGUGUGUUUACGGAAGAGCUACUUAACCUUCACCGCGGUCAAGGGUUAGAUCUCUUCUGGCGUGACACACUCACCUGCCCUACCGAGGAAGAGUAUCUCGAGAUGGUCGGAAACAAAACCGGAGGGCUCUUCCGUUUGGCUAUCAAGCUUAUGCAGGCCGAAUCAGCUAUCCUCAUCGACUGUGUUCCCCUAGUCAAUCUGCUCGGCAUUCUCUUUCAGAUCCAAGAUGACUACAGGAACUUGUCGAGCCCCGAGUACGGGCAGAACAAGGGGCUUUGUGAAGAUCUGACUGAGGGCAAGUUCUCGUUUCUGAUCAUCCAUAGCAUACGCACAAACCCGUCAAACCUCCAGCUCCUCAACAUCCUUAAGCAGAGGACAACAGACGAAGAGGUGAAGCGGUAUGCCGUGAAGUAUAUGGAGAGCACGGGAAGCUUCGAGUACACUCAAAAAGUAAUAGCAAUCCUAGUUGAGAGGGCGAGAAAGAUGACAGACGAGCUUGACGACGGUAGGGGGAAGAACAUGGGUAUGCAUAAGAUCCUGGAUAAGCUGGUAAUAUGAACGGGCGGUACGACUUGACGAGAAGAUGAAAAGACGAAUUGUCUAUUGGAAUUUUGGUGGGGGCUGUAUAGAGGAUCUAUAAUUCAUACUCUCCUAUUGGGGUGGGGAGGUUUGCGGGAGCGAGCUCGGUGCGG